UGUAUUACUGUAAGUUUUGGCGGGAGUUUUAGGCGGGAAAUAUCUCGUCUUUGAUUGGAUGCAGCCUCAGGCUGAAGUGUAUAUAAGGAGAGGUUUUUCUCCAGAGUUUUGCUGGGUCACCCGUUAUUAAAGAGCUGUUGUCACUAACCUGGUCUCCUGCCUCGUCAAUACCCAAACUUAACAUUGGCGACGAAGGUGGGAUUUUGAGGCAGAGUACCAGAACAGAGCUGAACUCACUACGAGAAUCAAACCCAGCAAGGUGAUGGCGAAUGCAGCGAUGACCGGCUACGCGCCACCUGCUCCGUUUGACCCGGCCCAGGAGAAAUGGGGAAUCUAUAUGACCCGUUUCGAAAGUUUCCUGGAGGCAAACGAGCUACAGGGAGUCGCCGACAACCGCAAACGGGCUUACUUCCUAAGCCACUGUGGGUCCGCAGUCAUCGCCGUCGCAGAAGCCCUGGCGGAGCCAACACCGCUACAAUCCGUAUCGUGGCAGACCCUUCAGACCCUCUUAAAGAAUCACUUCGCACCAGCCCCGUCCAAAUACGUUCGACGGUACGAGUUUGGGGAGCGCAGGCAACAAGAAAACGAGUCUAUCAGCGACUACAUGGCAGCCCUGAGACAAGCCUCCAAACAUUGCGAGUACCGCGAUCUGGACGAAGAGCUGCUGGAACAACUUAUACGGGGGGUCAGAGACAUCCGUUUGAGGAGACGGCUGCUAGCCAAGAGCAACCUGACAUUGGCAAACGCUCUGGACGAAGCCAGGGCCCAUGAGAUGUCCACCCAUGCAGCAGACACCUUACAAAAGCAAAUCACGCCGAUGGCGGGCGCAAAGCCGAGCCCAGUCCACCACGAAGAAACCUAUCGUGAGUCAACCAGCGAAGAGGAGGAAGAAGUCCACUACACCGGAAAAUCGACAAGGGAAGACCCGGAGGAAUGCGGAAGUUGCGGGGGGCGACAUCAGCGCCAAAGAUGUAAGUUCAGGGACGCCAUUUGCCGGCGGUGUGAGAGGAAGGGGCACCUGGCUCAAGUCUGCCGAGCACCCCAACCUUCCCGCCGAAAGUUCAAAUCGGCCAAUCAGAGCGGCUCUGAGUCAGAGUUGCAAACCCCACAUUCCCGCCGAAAUUUCAAACCAGCCAAUCAGGGCGCAGGAUCGGCAAGGCGAACCGCGAUUGGCCGAGAAAGGAAGGGCGCGAAAGCAAACAGAAUGACUAUCACCAUAGACCACGCAGCUACCCACGUCGAAGAAAAGAUCUUCACGAACCCGAAAAUUGAAGGUGUGCCUUGCCAACUGGAAGUAGACACAGGAUCAGCAAUCACAAUUAUGUCCUGGGACACUUUUGUGAAAGCCUUGCCGCACAUCGCCAAGCGCAAGCUACAAAAACAACGGCUCCGGGUGCAAGAUUACCAAGGCAAUCGCAUCCCUGUUCGAGGGACAACGACCGUCUGGGUAGAGUACGGGCAGCACAAGAAGACCCUGCCCAUCACGUUAGUCGAGGGAACCUUGCCCAGCUUGCUGGGACUGGACUGGUUCCGGGCAUUGGGCAUGGGGGUGACUGGCAUCCACCGGAACGGAUGCGACCUGCAAAAUGCCCUAUUGGAGGAAUUCGCAGAGGUAUUCGAGGACCGCCUAGGCAAGUACAAGGGGACCCCUAUCUCCUUCAAUUUAGACCCCCAGGUAGCCCCCAUUCGGAUAAAGGCAAGGAGGGUUCCCUUUGCCCUCAAGCCAAAAAUUGAUAGGGAGAUAGAUAAAUUGGUCAGUCAGGGGAUACUGGUGCCAGUCGACCAUGCUAAGUGGGAAACGCCAAUCGUUACCCCCAUAAAGCCAGACGGGUCAAUCAGAAUUUGUGCAGACUACAAGGCUACCCUGAACAAAGCCUUACAAAAAAGCGCCUACCCAGUUCCCGUGGUGCAACACUUGUUGCACUCACUAGGGCACGGACAAGUUUUUGCCAAAUUAGAUUUGGCACAAGCCUACCAACAACUGCCCGUGGACACCAGCACAGCUGAAGCCCAAACCAUUGUAACGCACCGAGGUGCCUUUAAAUGCACUCGGUUACAGUUCGGGGUGAGUGUAGCCCCUGGGCUAUUCCAAAAUUUGAUGGAGCGACUCCUACAAGGGCUACCAGGAGUCGUGCCCUAUUUCGAUGACGUGUUAAUAUCGGGGGAAAACUUAAAAGAACUGGGAGAGCGGCUGAGGAAAGUUUUGGCCAUUUUUCGGUCAGCCGGCCUGAAAGUUAAAGCAAAAAAAUGCCAGAUUGGGGUCGAGUCUGUUGAGUUUUUGGGCUAUAGGAUAGACAAGAAGGGAAUUCACCCCACUGAGAGCAAAGUGAAAGCGAUAAAGAGAGCCCCAGCACCCAAAAACAAGACAGAGCUUCAGGCUUUCCUGGGUCUGGUAAACUUUUAUGCAGUAUUUCUAAGAAACAAGGCAACCAUUGCUGAACCGUUACACAAAUUGCUAGGGAAAAACACUGUUUGGUCUUGGGGAAAGCCAGAGAGCAGGGCAUUUGAGGCAGUCAAAGACUUGCUAUCAAGCGAAAGCCUGUUAAUCCAGUAUAAUAGCAGACUGCCUUUAGUAUUGGUCUGUGAUGCAUCCCCCUAUGGAGUAGGAGCUGUACUUAGCCACAGACUCCCAAACGGCACUGAAGCCCCUAUAGCGUUUUAUUCACGAACAAUGUCCCCGGCUGAGAGGAAUUACAGCCAGCUAGAUAGGGAGGCUCUCGCAAUAGUGUCAGGGGUGAAAAAAUUUCACGAAUACGUUUUUGGGCGAGAUUUCGAAAUUGUCACUGAUCACAGACCGCUAUUGGGGUUACUGGCUGGCGACCGCCCAACGCCAGUAGCACUUUCACCUAGACUGACCAGAUGGACUAUUUUUUUGGCCGCAUACUCCUACAAGCUGCAGCAUCGGCCUGGAAAGGAGCUGGGGCAUGCGGACGCAUUGAGCAGAUGCCCAUUGCCAGGGGAAAUCGAGGACCCCACCCCGGGCACACCCGUUCUACUGAUUGACUCUUUGGACUCGGGGCCAGUCACAUCGCAGGAAGUGGCUCGGGCCUCCUACCGGGACGUUGUUUUAAGGACUGUAAUAGGUUGGGUUCAAAGGGGAUGGCCCGCUGCACCGGGCGAACGUUUUAAGGAGUUUGUGAGGAAAAAAGGGGAAUUGUCCGUACAAGGGGGGUGCCUGCUCUGGGGGGAUAGGGUGGUAGUCCCAGAGAAACUGAGGAAAAAAAUUCUGGAACUCCUACAUGAUGGUCACCCAGGAGUUGUGAGGAUGAAGGGUUUGGCUAGGAGCUAUGUCUGGUGGCCCCUAAUGGACAGGGAAAUCAGUGACAGGGUUGGCCGAUGCCAAGCGUGUCAGGAAUCCAGACCACUACCACCUACGGCCCCAGUUUUGGAGUGGGAGAAACCCCAAGGCCCUUGGUCCCGCAUACACAUUGAUUUUGCCGGCCCCUUCCACGGCCAAACAUUUCUAAUUGUGGUGGAUGCAUUCUCCAAAUGGCUGGAGAUCAUCCUAAUGAAAUCCACAACCGCGGGAGCUGUCAUCUCAGCACUAAAACACCUUUUCGCCACGCACGGGCUACCGGACACCCUUGUGUCCGAUAACGGCCCACAGUUCACCGCAGCAGUAUUUGAAGGGUACCUGGCUGAAGAGGGCAUCCGACAUGCCCUCUCAGCGCCGUUCCACCCUGCGUCGAACGGCCUUGCUGAACGAUUUGUUCGGAGUGCGAAAGAAGCGCUAUCACGAAGCGGCCCCGGCGAUUGGCAGGCACAA